GUCUCAGGUCUGUAAAAUCAUUUCAAACUAGUUUAGCCAAGUCCCCACUUAAAUAUAAGUAGCGUGAAAGGGGGUGGCUAAACUAGUCUAGUCGCCCCCCCUGCGUGAGAGAGGCAGGGCAAGUACGGUUCAUGAGAUGGAGUAACUACACCAUACGCACCUGCCUCGUCAUCUCCUGCUCUGCCUGGGAACGACAGAAUGGACCAUAUCGCGCUCUGAUUGCGCCAUUCAAGCUAGCAAUAAUCCCAUGGCUACGACCCCAAGACGCCAAUACCAGGGAGUCAGACAUGACCGACGCCGGACCGAUGACACUCCAUCUUCUACUCAUAUAAGAGUGUCAUUGUGACAACCCAGAGCAUGAAACGUCCCUGGUUACCAGUCCAGCACCCAGCACCCAAAACCCAGCACCAUGUCUCCCGCAGCAGUAGACAUUGCUAAGGCUCUCCCCAUCAUUCCCAAGGAGCAGACUGAAGAUGCUCCCCCAACCGUUCCAGAUGUCCCAAAGCCUGUGACUGGCCACAAGGAGCCCCUGAAGCUCAGCGGCGCCCUCGACCAGUUCCAACAGUUUGAUGUAACUCCUGUCAUAGGCCGUGAAUUUGUCGACGUCGAUCUGGCCGAGUGGUUGAAUGCACCCAACUCUGACGAACUACUCCGCGACCUGGCCAUUACAAUCUCCCAGCGUGGCGUCGUCUUCUUCCGCAAGCAGGACAACCUGACGGACGAAAUCCAAAAGCGCAUCACCCAGCGCCUAGGCGAACUCACCGGAAAGCCUGCCACAUCCACCCUCCACAUCCACCCACUCGCCAACUUUGUCAACCCAGAAGACCAACUCAUGGCCACCGUCUCCUCGCGCCAGAUGGAGAAGAUGUUCAACAAGUACAUGGACUUGGCCCAGACGCAGACGCACCAGUGGCACUCAGACAUAGCCUGGGAAGCCCAUCCCGCCGAGUAUUCCUUCUUGCGCAUGAAGGAGCUACCCGUGACCGGCGGCGACACGCUCUGGGCCUCGGGCUACGAAGUUUAUGACCGCGUCUCGCCGCCCUUGCGCGCCUUUUUUGAUACGCUGACGGUGCGCAUCUCGCAGCCCCAAUUCAAGGAAACGGCCGAGCGCCUCGGCUUCGACCUUGUUAAUAGCCCGCGCGGCGCGCCCGAGAAUAUUGGUGACGAGCACUCGUCGAUCCACCCAUUCGUGCGCACCAACCCGGUUACGGGCUGGCGCAGUAUCUUUCCCUUAUCAUCGCUGAACAAGGAGAUACAGGGGCUGUGUGCCGCCGAGUCGCAGCGCUUCCUUGACUGGAUGGUGCAGCUAGUUGUCGAGAACCAUGACUUGCAGGUGCGGCUGCGGUGGCAGAAUGCGAAUGAUUGUGCGAUUUGGGAUAACCGAUCCGCGUACCAUGCGGCCACGCCUGAUUAUAUCGGUCUGGGACUGGGGGCGCGCUUGGGGUCGCGGACGACGGGGGUGGCGGAGAGGCCGUACUUUGAUCCGCAGAGCACCAGUCGUCGGGAAGCGCUGGGUGUGGAUGAUGUUCAACGGGCUGCGUGA